GAGAGAGAGGCGGAGUGAUAACAGGAGCAGGGGCUAAUCGGGAAGGAAAAGUUUUUCAAAAGUUUCAAUAGCGGCGAAGAAUCACAGCAGCGGUGGACGAGCUGCGGAGACAGAACGGGUGAUUGGGACUCUACUCUGCGUGUCACUGGCUAACUUUAUCACAGAUUUCCCAUCGACUUUGUAGGCUUUAUCUUUAUGUGAACUUGUAAAGGAUGUAUUUCUGGUAAAAGCUCAGUUUGGAGCGCUGGAAGCUUUUCCACCGAAAUGGAAGGGAUUAUUCCAUGGAUUAUCUUGUCAUCCUUGUUGUUUAAUCAUAAUUGCGAAGGGUUCCGUUGUGUGGAUAAAUACAGGCCUUGUGAAAAUGGAGGGACUUGCAUAGAUUCAUCUUCUCGAUGCAUAUGUCGUCCAGGUUACAUUGGUACUCUGUGUCAACAUCUGGAUCCCUGUCAUCGAUCUCCAUGUCUGAACGGAGCAGCAUGCAAGAGCCAGGUGGUCAGUGGCAUCCCACAGCAUACCUGUGUGUGCCAGAGAGGGUUCAGAGGGCAAGACUGCUCCCUCAUUGAUGCUUGUGCCACAAGUCCCUGUGCCAACGGUGCCCGCUGUGCCAAUUGGAAUAAUCACUACAAUUGCUCAUGUCCACCUGGUUAUCAGGGAAAAAACUGCCGUAAUGACAUUGAUGAGUGCCGCAAGUCUGGCACUUGCCUUAAUGGUGGUCUUUGCAUCAACACCCAUGGAUCCUUCCGCUGUCAGUGCCAACCUGGAUACAGCGGGCGCACAUGUGAAGUGUCCACUCUACCCUGUGCCCCCUCUCAGUGUCUUAAUGGGGGCACCUGUCGACAGACCAGUGACCAUUCCUACGAGUGCGCCUGCCUGCCAGGUUUUAAGGGACACAACUGUGAGAAUAAUGUGGAUGACUGUCCAGGCCACAAGUGCAUGAAUGGUGGAAUAUGUGUGGAUGGCGUUAACACCUACAAUUGCCAGUGUCCACCUGAAUGGACAGGUCAAUACUGUGCUGAGGAUGUCAAUGAGUGCCUCAUGCAACCAAACGCUUGCCACAAUGGUGGCACCUGCUUCAACACCAUUGGUGGUCACAGCUGCGUCUGUGUUAAUGGUUGGACUGGAGAUGACUGCAGUGAAAACAUUGAUGACUGUGCCAUUGCUGUUUGCUUCAAUGGUGCUACCUGUCACGACCGAGUAGCAUCCUUUUUCUGCGAGUGCCCGGUUGGAAAAACAGGUUUGCUGUGCCAUCUUGAUGAUGCAUGUGUGAGUAACCCGUGCAACGAAGGGGCAGUAUGUGACACAAACCCCCUAAAUGGCCGUGCCAUCUGCACCUGUCCUGCUGGCUUUGUAGGAGGAGCCUGCAAUCAGGACAUGGAUGAAUGUUCAAUUGGUGCCAACCCAUGUGAGCAUUAUGGGAAAUGUGUGAACACAGAGGGCUCCUUCCAGUGCCAGUGUGGUCGUGGAUAUGCUGGGCCGCGGUGCGAGAUUGACAUCAACGAAUGCUUGUCCAUGCCCUGCAAGAACGAUGCUACAUGUCUGGACCACAUCGGAGAGUUUUCCUGCAUCUGCAUGCCAGGUUAUACGGGGACAUACUGCGAGAUUGACAUAGAUGAUUGUGAAAGCAGUCCAUGUGUGAAUGAUGGCAUCUGCAGGGACAUGGUUAAUGGCUUCACGUGCACCUGCCAGCCAGGGUUUACUGGCAGCAUGUGUCACAUCGACAUAGAUGAGUGUGCUAGCACGCCCUGUAAGAAUGGAGCAAAGUGCUAUGAUCGUCCAAAUGGAUUUGAGUGCCGUUGCGCUGAAGGUUAUGAAGGCACCCUUUGUGAGAGUAAUAUCAACAACUGUCAGCCUGACCCAUGUCACCAUGGUACUUGCAUCGAUGGUAUUGCCAGCUACACUUGUAACUGUGAUGCUGGGUACACGGGCUAUCGCUGUGAGAACCAGCUCAAUGAGUGCCACAGCAACCCUUGUCAAAAUGGUGGCAAGUGUGUGGACUUGGUCAACAAAUACAUCUGUCAGUGCCAACAUGGAACCUCAGGCACUAACUGUGAGAUAAAUUUUGAUGAUUGUGCCAGUAACCCAUGUGACUAUGGCAUCUGCAAAGAUGGCAUCAACCGCUAUGACUGUGUUUGCAAACCUGGCUUCACUGGUCCCAAGUGUAAUGUGGAGAUCGAUGAGUGCACAUCUAGCCCAUGUCGGAAUGGAGGGACAUGCGUGGAUGAAGAAAAUGGAUUUCACUGCCAGUGUCCUGAAGGCUUUAAACCACCGUACUGUUACUCCCAAGUGGAUGAGUGUGGUAGCAGUCCAUGUGUCCAUGGCUCGUGCAGAGAUGACAUUAAUGGGUACCGCUGUGACUGUGAGCCUGGAUGGGUAGGAAAGAACUGUGACCUAGACAGAAAUGACUGUCUGCCCAGUCCCUGUCAGAAUGCUGGCACAUGCAUCGACCAGCUCAACGGCUUCAGUUGCAAGUGUCGCCAAGGCUUCCGAGGUAACCUCUGCCAGGUGAACAUCAACGAGUGUGCCUCCAGUCCGUGUCUGAACAAGGGCACUUGCGUGGACGGAGUAGCGAGUUUCACCUGCGUCUGCGAGCUUCCUUACAGUGGACCUACUUGUGCUGAAGUCCUCACCCCUUGCUCCCCGAACCCGUGUGCUAAUCAUGCCAUCUGCACUCACUCACCGGAUUACUUGGGCUAUCAGUGCAACUGCCAGCCAGGGUGGCAAGGUCAGCUGUGUAACAGUGAUGUGAAUGAAUGCAUCUCCAACCCCUGCAAGAACCGUGGGACCUGCACAAACACACUUGGAGGCUUUGUGUGCUCGUGCAGAGCUGGAUAUACUGGAUCCACCUGUGAAACUGACAUCAAUGACUGUUUCCCCAACCCAUGCUUAAAUGGAGGUUCCUGUACAGAUGGAGUGAACUCCUUCCACUGUAGCUGCCUGCCAGGUUUCUCUGGGCCCCGCUGCGCUUUAGAGAUCAACGAAUGCCAGAGCUCCCCCUGCAAAAAUGGGGGCACGUGCACAGACUAUGUUAACUCGUACACCUGCACCUGUAGACCUGGAUUUACCGGCAUCCAUUGCGAAACCAACAUCCCUGACUGCACUGAAAGCUCUUGCUUCAAUGGAGGGACAUGCACCGAUAAAAUCAAUGGCUACUCCUGCACCUGUCGCUCAGGCUUCACUGGCUCCCACUGCCAGUAUGAGGUCAAUGAGUGUGACUCACAGCCCUGCCUCAAUGGAGGCAUCUGCCAAGAUGCACUGGAGUCAUUCCGUUGCUCCUGUCCAAGAGGCUACACUGGCAACCGCUGCCAGACGCCACUGGAUUGGUGUAGGCGCUCUUCUCCCUGCCAAAAUGGAGGACGUUGUCGCCAAAAGGAUGCUUCCUUCGUCUGUGAAUGUGCUGGCAGCUGGUCUGGUCGUUACUGUGACAUCCCCCGGGUCUCCUGUGAGACAGCUGCUCGCCAGAGAGGUCUCCAGACAGAUGAACUCUGCCAUCACGGAGGUCACUGUGUCAACACUGGGAAUGCCCACUAUUGCAAAUGUCCAGCUGACUACACCGGCAGCUACUGUGAAACCCAAAUGGAUCACUGUGAAAACAAACCUUGUCACAAUGGCGCCACCUGCAGGGCAUAUGUGGGAGGUUACCAGUGUGAUUGUAUGCCAGGAUAUACCGGGCAGAACUGCGAGAUAGAGAUCAAUGAGUGCCAGUCUCACCCGUGCCAAAACGGAGGCACUUGCAUUGAUCUGGUUGGCCAUUACAUCUGCUCCUGCCCUCCUGGCACACUGGGUGUUCUCUGUGAAAUCAACGAAGAUGACUGUGCUCCACCACUGAGGCUGCGCAGCGCUCCUCCAAAGUGUCUGAACAAUGGUACCUGUGUGGACAGAGUGGGAGGAUACCGCUGUAAUUGUCCCCCAGGCUUUACAGGAGAAAGAUGUGAGGGGGACAUCAACGAGUGUCUUUCUAGCCCCUGCAGUCACACCAACACACUUGACUGCAUCCAGUUACCAAAUGACUACCAGUGUGUCUGCAAGCCUGGCUUCACAGGUCGUCAGUGCCAGGGCCGGUUCAGUGUUUGUGAGUCUCAGCCCUGUCAGAACGGAGGAGCCUGUUCUGUGUCCAGCGGCGUUGCACUUGGAUACACCUGCACUUGUCAACUUGGCUACACUGGGUCCAACUGUGAAAGGAGUUUGUCCUGUCGGGAGCUGUCCUGCUAUAAUGGCGGGAGCUGUGCACUUACCACACGUGGGGCACGGUGCACCUGUUUGAAAGGUUAUGGCGGGCCGCAGUGUCAGCACCGCAGCAAAGAAGGUUGCUCCUCCCAACCUUGCCGUAAUGGAGGGUUGUGCACUGAAGAGACCAGUUUCCCUUUCUUCCACUGCCAGUGUCCCAGUGGCUGGACUGGCAAGCGCUGUGAGCACAGCAGCAGACUUUUAGAGCCUGUUCCACUUUCCUGCCCACUACCAGACUGUCACGGCAAAGCAAAUGACGGCGUGUGUGACAAGGAGUGCAACACAUUCCCCUGCCACUGGGAUGGCGGUGACUGCUCUCUGACAGUGAAUCCCUGGAACCGUUGCACAGAUCCUCAGUGCUGGAGCGUUUUCAACAACAGUCAGUGCGAUGUGUCCUGCAACAACUACGACUGCCUCUACGACAACUUUGACUGCAAGACCAAGGAGAAAGUCUGCAACCCCAUUUAUGAGACCUACUGUAUUGACCACUACGCUGACGGUCAGUGCGACCAGGGCUGCAACACAGAGGAGUGUGCCUGGGACGGCCUGGACUGUGCCACAACCGUUCCAGAAGACCUUGCGAAGGGUAUGUUGGUCUUGGUGGUCCUGCUGCCUCCAGAGGAGCUUCUCCACACCCGCACAGCCUUCUUGCAGAAGUUAAGUGCCAUCCUGCACACCUCAGUGCGCUUCAGGCUGAACCAGAAAGGAGAAGCCAUGAUCGAGCCCUACACUCGCCAAGUGGCACGCCUCAAACGCGAGCUCCAGCCCCAAGUGGAGGUUAUCGGCUCCAUAGUUUACCUGGAGAUAGACAACCGUGGGUGUUAUCAGAGCUCUGAGGACUGUUUCCCUACAGCUGAAAGUGCCGCGAGCUACCUGGGAGCUUUAUCAGCUGUAGACAGGUUACACUUCCCUUAUCCAGUCAAAGAAGCCCGCAGUGAGCCUUUCCCACCACAUACACAUGACCCCAUGCGCGACUGGGUCAAGUAUAUGCUGAUGGGGACAAUGUCUCUGUUACUGUUGAUCAUCCUUAUGAUUGGCAUGCUGAUUGCACAUCGAAAGAGAGAACAUAGCACCCUGUGGAUGCCGGAGGGCUUCUUCCUCAAGAAAGAACACAGCAGCAACAAAAACCGCAGAGAACCCGUGGGUCAGGAUGCUCUGGGGUUGAAACACAUGCCAAAAACAGUGGAGGAAUCUCUGCUCGCAGACCACAGCGAUCAGUGGAUGGACUCGGACUGCCCUGAGGCAAAACGGCUAAAGCUUGAGGAGCCGAGCAUCCUGUCGGACAGCGAAGAUGCAGUGGACAGCAGGCAGUGGACACAGCACCACCUCGCAGCUGCAGAUAUCCGUGUACCUCCCACAAUGGCCCUCACUCCUCCCCAGGGAGAGUUUGAGAGCGACUGCAUGGACGUCAAUGUCCGAGGCCCAGAUGGCUUUACACCCCUGAUGCUGGCGUCUUUCUGUGGUGGCAGCUUAGAAACAGAGGUGGCGGAGGAUGACGAGUCAGAGGAGUGCUCAGCCAAUAUCAUCUCUGACCUCAUCUACCAGGGUGCGUCUCUGGCUGCACAGACAGACCGCACCGGUGAGACUGCGCUCCACCUGGCUGCUCGCUACGCUCGUGCCGAUGCAGCCAAGAGGCUGCUAGACGCUGGGGCGGACGCCAACGCUCAGGACAACACAGGCCGUACGCCGCUCCAUGCUGCUGUGGCUGCAGAUGCACAGGGCGUCUUCCAGAUUCUGAUCCGAAACCGAGCUACAGAUCUGGACUCACGCAUGUACGACGGCUCCACUGCGCUGAUCCUUGCUGCGCGGCUGGCAGUGGAGGGCAUGGUGGAGGAGCUCAUAACCUGCCACGCCGAUGUCAACGCGGUCGAUGAACUCGGCAAAUCUGCACUGCACUGGGCGGCUGCCGUUAACAAUGUGGACGCGACCGUUGCCCUGCUGAAGAACGGUGCCAACAAAGACAUGCAGGAUCUUAAGGAGGAGACACCUCUCUUCUUAGCAGCCCGGGAGGGCAGCUGUGAAGCUGUGAAGGUGCUGCUUGCACAUUUUGCUAACAGAGAGAUCACAGACCACAUGGACAGGUUGCCGAGAGACAUUGCUCAAGACCGCAUGCACCAUGAUAUUGUGCAGCUCCUUGACGAGUACAACACGGUACGGAGUCCCCAGGGCCACGGAGGAGGCGGACACCACCUUGGUGGGGGGCAUACGCUGUCCCCUCUCAUGUGCCCACCCAGUGCCUUCCUGCCCAGUCUGAAGACCACGCCACAGGGUAAGAAAAACCGUCGGCCUGGGGCCAAGGGUUCCAGCCUGGGAGGACAGCAUGCUGCCAGUCUGAAGGAUUCAGUCAAAGCCCGCAAUAAAAAGCUGACCCUGGACAUGCAGAGUGCAUUACUGGAGAGCUCGGUCACCUUAUCCCCCGUCGAUUCCCUGGACUCACCACACGGGGGAGCUAGCAACGCUGGCUACAUCACCAACCCCACUUCACCUGUAACCAUGCAGUCACCAGGGCUCUUCCACACCACCAUGUCUGUUCCAACCACCCCGAUGGUGCACAGCAGCAUGUUGGAGGGAGGCGGCCCUUUUGCUGUGUCUCUAGCUCAGCUCAAUGACCUGGGAGCUGGAGGGAUGUCCCUGCAGGGGCGUGUCUCCAUGGCGUCGGAUGUCAAUCACGGCUAUGUGCUGAGUUCAGGCCAAAUGGGGCUCAACAUGGGCAUGGUCAGUCCAGUCAGUGUGCCCUUUGACUGGCACACCCGGAUGCCUUCCUCCUCCCAGUGCGGUCAGCAGGUGGUGAACCUGGUGCAGAGUAGCCAGCCGGGCAUGCACUCCCAGAGUCCAGCCAUGCAGCAGCAGCAGCAGACCAUGAUGAUGCACCAGCAGCAAAUGUACCGUAACGCCAUGUUACAGCCCACACCUGUUACCUCCACACCGUCUAUCAGCCCCGUCAAGCUGCCCACCAUUGCAGAGCAACAGCAGCAGUCGCAGCAGCUGAUCAACCACACCAUCACCAGUCAGCAGAGCUUGGUGCGCCACAGCACGUCCACCCCACCAACACCCCAGAGCGCACAGCCCCCACCGGCCUGCUUCCAGCAGCAGGUUCCCCAGCAGCCUUCCCAGCCGCAGCCUGCUGCUCAGACUCCACAGGCUGCCACGCCAGCAGCCCAGCCCACUCAGGCCGCUCCCCCUCAGGCCAGUAGCAGCAAUGCAGGAACAGAGGAUUACCCCACCCCUCCCUCCCAGCACAGCUACUCGUCUGCACACGAUGCCACUCCCAAACAUUACCUCAAUUUGGCCACCGAACAUCCCUACCUGACCCCCUCCCCAGAGUCCUCUGAGCCGUGGUGUAGCCCCUCUCCUCACUGCGGCUCUGAUUGGUCAGAUUCCACACCCAGCCCAGCAGUCGCUGGCCCCAACCAAACCCAAAUUCCCCAAGUCCCGGAGUCCAGUGGCAAGAUGCAGGUGUUUGCAUAAAGAUCUCGAGGCUCCUGCUUGGAACAGGACCUGGGAGAAAAGAGUAUGUGGGCCGGCUUUGAGGCCUGUCUGUGCUUAUAUGUGUCAGCCUCUUUCCAAGAUUUUUCAUUGGAUUUGGAUUGACUGUGUUUAUCACGAAGACCGUCUGCUAGUGAUUUUUGCAGAGAAAAAAGUAAAGGGAAAUAAAUGUGUUGUCUGAUAAAAAAAAAAAAACUGCAGGCAAAUUAAUGAAGUAUUUCUGUCACAGAUGGACUUGUUUUUUUUAUUAUUAAAAAAUUAUAUGAAGAAAACCAAGUCUUUAGUUCAAAGACUUUGGGAUCCGCUGUUGAAACUAACAAACAUUUCAAAAAUAGAUAGGGUGGGGGUAAAAUGUUAAAGGGAAUUCAUUUAUUUUUUUAUUUAUUGCUUUUUAUCUCUGAAUUGUUUUUCCUGGUGUUUUCUCCCUCUUUCAGUCAUGGCCUCUCACAUAAUGCGCCACCCUCUCCCCUUUUAUACGUUUGAACGUUUACGUCUUUCUUUGGCCAGUGCUCAGAAUCGAUGGUUUAACCUGCUUUCAGCAACUCAAGCCGCUCAGCAGGCAGAAAGAGGACGUUUCACCUUCACAGAUAUUUAUUCAGGCCAACAACAGCCAGUAAAGACAAUAAACUGCUUCUAGCACAAAUAUAUAUUAAGAGUUACUCACUGAUGAUCAAAUUAUGGUGAUUAAUUUUGAUACAUUAUGGAUAAGAAUAUGGAGUGCCUCUGAAACACUUGGAGCCUCGGGGGGGGGGGGGGGGGGCGCUCUGAGUUGGGCUCAGUGAACAACUUUGGAUAUUUAUGUCAUUAUGACAUCAUCGCAUACGUUCCUGAACGAGCUCUGAAAUAGCAAACUGAAAUUUUGUUCUGAUGCUCAGUGGCGCGUCUCAACUAUUAAAGUGCGGAUUCCAACAAUAGCCAUGGUAACUGUCGUCCUGGCGCUUGCUUAUGUUGAUUCUAUAAAAAUGUUCAGAACAGAACGUUUUACCUGUAAAAUCAGCCCGUCACUGCCUUUUUUAAUUUUUUUUUUUAAGUUGGCAUUUAAGUUUUUUUUUUUUUCGUUUUAUACUCUGUAUAUUUUUGAAAAACUGUAGAUACCUUAUUAAACAUCACUUCCGAUGUGCUAAGCUCUGCUUAUCAGCUGCUAUUUUCUGUCUCUAAAAUGGAAACAUUCCUUUUUUUAUUUUAUUUUGUUUUAAUCCUUAUCCUAAGCCUGCACUGGUGUCUUUCAGCAGCUUCCAGCACACAGGGUGACCAGGUUGCGUUGUGUAUGGGACCACGGUCUGUGUGCUGGUGUGGCUGCUGGACUCUGACUGCUGUUACCCCAUCACUCCUCAGGGAGGCGUCUUACGGCACGCAGCAGGAUGGUUCGGCAUCUAGAGCAGCUUCCGGUCCACAGGCCACAUAGUUGAAGUCUAAACAUGACUCAUUAGAAGACAGUGAAGGAGAGAACACUACUGUGUAGUGCGGCGCUCUUUAAUUAAUAACUCGGAGACAACACACCCGGUGAUCCGGCUGUGACAGACUGACUCUUUACGCCCAACAUAUCCCGAGGUUAUGGCGUAUCGGUCGUCCUCUUAUAAAUUCUUCAGAAGAUGUGAUAGUAGAAUUCUUAGCACCUUUGCAUUUUUAUUGUAAACAGAACGUAGGCCAUCUCCAACUAGUUAUCUUAGCGGCCAAGCUUGUCGUGACCUAACAUUUGCCCCGCCUUUAUUUGUGUCUUUUGGUCAUUUUCAUUUUCGCAGACCGCACUAAGUUUUUUGUACAUUCCCACCUUCCAUCUUCAUUUUGUAAAUAUGUUUGUUAUGAGUAGAUCUUUGCGCGAGUCACAUGUUUCUAAAAUCAAUAUGUACUAAAAAAAAAUUUCAUCAUAAAUUCUUGCUCUGUUUAGCAUUCUUGGAAGCUCAGACGGUGACUGAUAUUUUAUUGGUCUUGUAUUAUUAGAACAUAGAUAUUUUCUAUCAUUAAUUUCUUUACUUGUU